AUGACCUGCAUCAAACGAGCUCUUUCAUUUGUCGCUCCAACUGCACGCACGCACACACACACAAAUGUGUUUGGCACAAGAGCUAGUAUGAACACAGAAGAAGCAGCAGAGUCAAGAGGGUACAGAGAACUAGAACUUGCACGCAGCAAACAGAAACUGCGCCAACUCGAGAAAGAUGUCCUAGCAUUGAAGGAAAUCAUUCAUAAUUACGAAUCUGACAUCGUAAAAUCAAACAAAAGGCAAAGAGAGUUUGAAAGUGAAAGGCUUUCAACGACCAAAAAGCAAAACCACCUCGAUGGUCUUGGUCUACUCGAAGAUCUACUGACCAAUGAUGACCAAGAUAACGAGAGAAUUGACCUUACCAAACCCUACAAUCACCUGCAAGAACAAUAUGGCAAGUAUUUCUACAAGAUUUUAACACCCAAAAAUUUGAAAAUAAAUUUAAUAAAAUGA